UUCACUUUCGCAGUGCAAAAUGAUCGUACAGGUGUUGCUCUCCGUUCUCCUGGUGUCAGUCACUCUGACUGAAGGCAGACCUAGAGACCUUCAGUUGAUAAAACGGGAAGCUUUUGAAGGGCCGUCAGCAGCCGUGUUAUCUGAAUCAUCUUCUCGGUCAUCCUCGUCAUCAUCCUCAGAGACGACCGAGGAAAAUGAAGAAUCAUCUUCGGAAUCAUCCUCUGGGUCAUCUUCGUCAUCAUCCUCAGAAUCGACCGAAGAAGACGAGAGCAAUGAUGAUGAAUCAUCUUCGGAGUCAUCCUCUGGGUCAUCUUCGUCAUCAUCCUCAGAAUCAACAGAAGAAAACGAGAGCAGUACCGAAGAGUCAUCCUCUGAAUCAUCCUCUGGUUCAUCUUCGUCGUCAUCCUCGGAGUCAACAGAAGAAGUGAAGCGUGAUGCUGAAGAAUCAUCUUCGGAAUCAUCCUCUGGGUCAUCUUCGUCAUCAUCCUCAGAAUCAACAGAAGAAGACGAGAGCAGUACCGAAGAGUCAUCCUCUGAAUCAUCCUCUGGUUCAUCUUCGUCGUCCUCCUCGGAGCCAACAGAAGAAGACGAGAGCAAUGAUAAAGAAUCGUCUUCCGAAUCAUCCUCUGGGUCAUCUUCGUCAUCAUCCUCAGAAUCAACAGAGGAAGACGAGAGCAGUACCGAAGAAUCAUCCUCUGAAUCAUCAGAAUCGACAGAAGAAAGCGAGAGAAACGAUGAAGAAUCAUCAUCCGAAUCUUCCGAAUCGACAGAAGAAAGUGAGAGCAGCGAUGAAGAGUCAUCUUCUGAAUCAUCCUCUGCCUCAUCUUCAUCUUCGUCAUCCUCCUCAGAAUCGUCAGAAGAAAAGGAGAACGAAGAAGCGAAAUUUGCAUAGAGGACGAAACACUGCAUGGAAACCUGCCUUUAUCAACUGUGCAGACAGACCAAAUCAACAGAUGGUAUUUUAAUUGUAUGUGUGUAUAGAAUAAAAGGUUCGUGACAGAA